GUGUGGAUGUAAUUGGCGCUUAACUAUUCCCUUUAGGCUGGCCAUACGACGCCUCUUUUGCUUUGACAAGAGAAGGGAUAUAUAGUCUGUGGUUUUAAUUCCAUUUCUCUCUAUUCAGCUAUUAUGGCGCCGAUAACACUAAAACAGUCUUGGCGUAUUCAAUUUUUAUUGGAAACAUAGGUUUUUUAAGGUUGUUAAUGGUAUUAAAUGUGACAGUUUUCGUUUAUUGAGUAAUUGCAAUAUCCGUAAGUUAUAGUCUGACACAGUGCAGUGCCAAAACCACGAUGGAAACUGAAGACAUUAUAGAAUUGGGGUCUUCAGAUGAAGAACCCGGACCGCCACCUCCUAAAAAGAUGAAUGUAAAAAAUGCCAUGGUUCACAUUCCUGCGAACCUCCCUGGAGUGACAAUCAAACCGCUUAAAGCCGUACCGCAGCUACCAAAACUGGGGAAAAAUAUAACCAUCACAAAAACAAGUGGCAGUUCAGUAGACAAAUCAACAAACCAAAAUCAAAAGCUACCUGCCUUUAAAAAGAAAGCAGUGGGAAAAAAAGUGCUUCAACCACCUGCCUCCAAGGGAAAAAUAUUUAACCCACUUAGUCUGCCACCUAAUGCUGCCAUCACAAAGUUAAAAACUCCUAUACAGAUAAAAAAACCUCAGCAGAAUAGACCACAACCUCUACAAAGAUUGCCACCCAGCAUCACAAUUAAGAAAACAGGGUCAGCAGCAAAGCCGUCUCCAACUAUGAUCAUGCCUCCAAAACCUAUUCUCUCAAAAACAAUUCCAUCAAAAGCUAUUAAUCCAAAAACUAUGCCAAAACAGCGGACAAACCUAAGUAAAAAGAGAAAACUGGAGGUGGUGCAAACAGUUGAACUUGAUGAUGAUGAUGCUUCUACAUCAUCUAAAAGCCCUCAGUGGUAUGUGAGACCAGAACAACACAUUGAGAUAACUAUUCAAGAAGAUAAAGUUGUACUUCAAGAAGAGGUGGCACCUAUACAAGAGGAUACAAAUAAUAAAGAGCCAGAGGUUCCUAAGUACAUUGAAAUCACAAUAGAAGAUAGUCCUGUUAAACCUGCAAAAACAAAGCGAACACGGGAACUAAGCACUGAAAAAGUAAUCAUGAUAGAUGACAGCCCCAACAAGGGUAGUGUCGUUGGCGAAGAUGUUGCUGAAGGCAGUGACAAUGAAGCAGACACUGCUAAAAAGGUCCCACAAAGUAAAAAGAAACUAGAUUAUCCGAGUGAGCUUGAAACCAUUGAAGAAAUGCGUACACUUGAAAUCGAAAUUGAACCAAUAAGUCCAGACAGUCCUAUGAAUACAAAUAAUACAAAUUCGAAGGACAGUGACAAAUCGAAAACUAAAGUGAACAAAGAAAGUGAAAUAAUUUCUUUAACACCAGACAUUAUGGAAACCGAAAAAACAUCAGUAGUAGUAGAGAUAGCACAAAACAAGCAGGGUACUAUGUCAGUCCGACAAAUCAAGCCUGUGCAGCCAAAACAGAACACUAAAGUAGCUCCAAAAAAAGAUGUUGGAUUGCCAAGUGAAUUUCAUCCUAUAUAUCAAAACUUCAUCAGCUUAUGUAUCCAAUUAGAAAACUCGAAUGAUAUGGAAAAGAUAAUUGAAAAAAAGAUUAAGCCUUAUUAUAGGCAGGCACCAAAGGAAUAUACAGAAUCAGAAGAAUUUCUUGAUAUGGUAUCUAGUAAAAUAACAGCUAUGGAGGCUGCCCCAGAAAAAAUGUAUUUGUACAUCAAAGACAUUGUUGAUGAGUUGAAUUUACAACGAAAGUAUAUGAAACAAGUUCCAGUAGAAGAAGCCAAGUCCAAAGAUGUGGACAAAGACAGUUUUCUAUAUGGAAAAGAAAAUGAAUUGGAUCCUAACAAGCAGAGACAGAUUCGGAAAUUAGAAAAGACACUUAAGAAACUAAACCGAGCCAUUCAGAAACUUGAAGCCCAAGAAGUAGACUUUGAUGAUGAAGAAGACUCUGUUUAUUUACUUACUGAAAAGUAUAAAGAAAGAAUGGUACGAGUGCACGCCAAGUUUUGUCAACUGACAAACACUAAGCUGCCUUCGCAACCCCGGAUCUUGAUAGAGCCCCGGCCCGGGCUCUCGGCAGCGCCGGCGAAGCGCCUGGAGGCGUGGAUCAAUAAGAAGAAUACUGUAACAUUUCCCGACUUUCACGACGUAUUGCGCUGUGUCAGGGAGGCCAAUGAGAUUGAUAAGCUUGGCUGGAGUGAGGCGUUCAUAAUGGAAGAAGCUAGAGAUCUCUUUGUGCGAUGCGGUAGAAAGUUACAGAGACGCAGACAAGAAAAUGAAUGGCGAUUAGCUACCUCUAGAAUUACCGUGAACAGCGAUCCUGCCGAGCAAAGUGAUGAACUUAAGAAGCAAUUGGAAGCUAAUCGCCGGCUGGCAAACACGAAGGAAACCGAAGUAUUUGAUAAAUUCUGCGACAGACAAAGUCAGUUAAAACUGGAGGCUGAAGAGAUAGAUGAUAAAGACGCUGAAGAAUCUCCAAUCGAGAGUGAGGAGGAAGAUAAUGAUGACGAUUCCUCUCUAGAAAGCAAACAAAGACGGAAAGACAGACUAAGAAGGCUGCUACAAGAACAAUCCAAAAAGAACAUUCCAAAUAAAGUUCAAACUGAAGAUAAUACAAAAAGAGAAGAAGAAUGCGUCAUAGAGUCUGUCGAGAAAAAAGAAGAACCUCAGAGCAAAUCUGAAGUAGUCAAUGAAGACGACAAAAUACAAAGCUUGAGUGAUGAUAGUAACGAAAUUGGUUCAGACAUGGAUGAACUACACUUGUUACAGAAAUUACAUUCUGACUGUGAGAUACGCACUGUCUCUUCGUCAUCUGAUUCAGAAACUCCUAUAGCUAUUUCGGAUACUUUGGACUCAAGCUCUGACAAUGAACAACCAAUACAGCAGCAGCCUACUGACGUAAUAAGUAUAGAAAAUUCGAGUUAUUCUGAUGAUUCUGAUGCUGACAAAAAUGAUGCCUCAAACAUAAAUAAAAAGUACACAGUUGCGAGUGGAGAUUUAAUGGAGGAAAGUAAAGAAAUUGAAUGUUCCUCUUCAAGUGUUGUGAAAAAUACACAUUUUACGGAUGCUGCCAUAGAAAAUACAGUCCUUACUUCAUCCGACGAUGGAAGCAAUCUUGAUGACAAUACCAAUUCCGGAAAGAGCGAUAACUCGUCAAAAGUAUCGUUAAAAGAAGGGCCAAUGUUAGACAAGGAUUAUGAACACAGUAUUACGUCAGAAAGCGCUGAACUCGGUAUCAAUGAUGUUGCAAAACGAAGUGAUGCUGAAGAUGAACAAAGUACGAAUUCGGAUAUAAUUGAGAAUCCUGGAUCAUCUGCUUCAUCUGGGCAAUAUGAGGAACUCCUCAAAGAACAUAAUGCUGAUCCCCUUCUAAAACGGCCAGAUUUAAUUGCGCGAGACCCUUCGGAUGAGCUGUUUGAUAGUAUGGUAAUUAAACAUUACAAUGAUCCUCUUGUUAAGAAACAUCUCAAGGGCUCAGAUUCAUCUAAUGGUGAAGAUCCCGAAAAUUCGAACUCUGAUACUCAAUCCACAAUUGCAACUGAAACAGCAGAAGAGGCCAAGAAAGACUUGAUAGAAACUUCAGUAGACACUGAAGAAUUCCUGAAUUUAAAUUCACCAUCAGUGCAAAUAGUUGAUAAAUUAAUUGAUAAACUGAAACAGUCUGACGGAUCUCAAAGUAGUGAUGAACUUCUAAUGAAAAUUGAUCAAGAGAUUGGCUUGAAUACCGAAGCUAUGUCCCCAGUAACGUUAGAGCUGGAAAAAGCGGUCGGUCUUGCCAGACAAACCAAAGCGUGGCCGCGGUUUAAAGAUGAAUGUUCAUCUAUGAGCUCUGCCGAGGAUGAAAAUAUAGGUGAUAAUUCUCAGUCAAUACCGCAGAAUACGAAUGAUUCUAAAAUUUUGGAUGGAAUUGAAAUCGCGCAAAGUGAAGCAAGUCCAGCUAUAGAUACAAAAGAUUCUGAAGUUUUUGACAAUGAAACUACCAACUGCGCACGUAAAACUAAAGAUAGCACGCAAAGUAUUAAUAUUUCUGGCGAAGUCAAUAGCGCGGGCGCUUCUUGUUCUACAAAUAUAAACCAAUUGUCGGAUAAAAUGGAUGUCUCACGCCCAGCUAUUCAUGAAGAAUCAAUAGAUACCGUUACAUGUACUUCCGAAUCUGCAAAACAUGCACCUAGUGACUGUGACAUUGCAGAUAUUGAGAUGGGUUCUAUUGAACCAAAUAUUGAGGGUUAUGAAUCUACUAAUGAAAUAUCUGAGCCAAUGGAGAUUGGGACAGAUUUUACAGAAGAAAAAGAUAUUGAACAAGCGAAGGAAUCAGAAUUGGACGAACGUAUUAAUAAUGUAGCAUCCAUAGCAAACGAAGAUGAUGUACAUUUGCCAUCUAAGAAAAAUUGUGAGCUUGAUAACAUGUCUGAACUUGAAGCCCCCGAAACCCCAGAAAACCCCAAAAGAAAGCCCGAAGAAAACUCAGGUGAUGCAGGAGACUCUGUGAAGAAGAUUUUGAAUUCCAACAAUAGACCUGAAAGUAGUAUUGGUAAUGGAAGUGAAGUGAAUGGAAAUUUAAAUAUUAAUAUGGACAUUACAGACUUACUUGGUAGUGAUACUAUUUUAUGUCCAAAAAUUGGAGAUGAUUUAGACCUGGAUCAUUUAAAUGAGCUACAGUCAGCAGAAAAAGGAGAGUGUGAGGAAAAAUCAGUCCCUAGAACAAUUUCUAGUAUGUGUUUGCAAAGUACUGAGAGUAAUAAUUAAAUCUGAUAAUUGUAAGUAUAGAUAAUAUACUAGUAUGAAUGCAUUUACUAAAUUCAGAGUCACAUAUGAUGGUCAGGUUACGUCUAAGAAUGUUUUGUAUGAGGUAGCUUUUUGUUAUAUGCAAUUUUCUUGUCAUCGAAUGAGUUUUAGCCAUGCCACGAGACCCUGUAUUUAAAAAGAAAAUGCAAAGAAACAAGUUAUGUCAAACCAGUUCCGGUAUUUAUAUUGAGGAUCGUGAUGUCACCGAGCGAUACAGAAAUUUCACUAUACUUUCGACGAUUCAAGUAAGAAACAAAACACACUUACACCUGUUGACAUUAUAACAGGAGUUUAUAAAUAUUAAUUUUGAAUCAACUGAUUCAUCUUCAACAAUCACUUUAAUUUCAAUCUACAUUUCAUUUAUAUUUAAAAUUAGUGUUCACGUUUGCGGAUGUGUAUUAAUUGAGAUUACCGCGAUAUGGAAUUGAUCAAAUAUCGGGAAUGAGCACUUUCCGUGCAUAUGUCGAAAUUAUAAAGGGUCAUAUGUUCUGUAAAACGUUGUACGAUACAUGUGCGAAUAGGCAAUUCGCAACUCGUGUCCAUUUAAAACACUCCCUUCGGUCGUGUUUUAAUAUAUCGCCACUCGUUGAGAAUUUCCUAUUUUUCGCACUUGUAUGUACUAUUACGAUACAAGUGCAGAAAAUAGGAAAUUCUCAACGAGUGGUAUAAUUACCUAUUCGCACAUGUAUUGUACUAAGUUUUACAGUACAUAUGUUCGACACAGUAACGUAAUAUGCUAAUUUUCGUACUAGUGCGGUAAAGUAGCACCAUAUGUACUGUAAUAGUACAUUACGACACAGUAACGUAAUAUGCUAAUUUUCGCACUAGUGCGGUAACGUAGCACCAUAUGUACUGUAAUAGUACAUUACGAUACAAGUGCGAAAAAUAGGAAAUUCGAAACGAGUGGCGAUAAAUUAAAACACGACCGAAGGGAGUGUUUUAAAUCGACACGAGUUGCGAAUUACCUAUUCGCACAUGUAUCGUACAACGUUUUACAGUACAUAUGGCCCUUUAAAUGUUCGACACAGUAACGUAAUAUGUAAAUUUUCGCACUAGUGCGGUAAAGUAGCACCAUAUGUACUGUAAUAGUACAUUACGAUACAAGUGCGAAGAAGAGGAAAUUCAAAACGAGUGGCGAUAAAUUAAAACACGACCGAAGGGAGUGUUUUAAAUCGACAUGAGUUGCGAAUUACCUAUUCGCACAUAUAUCGUACAACGUUUUACAGUACAUAUGGCCCUUUAAAUGUUCGACACAGUAACGUAAUAUGCUAAUUUUCGCACUAGUGCGGUAAAGUAGCACCAUAUGUACUGUAAAUAACUAUUAUGAUUUAACCUUGAAUAUUUAUUAUCUCAUAAAUAUUUUAGGAAAAAAUGCCUAUAUUGCAAAUGAUUUGUAAACCUGCCUUUAUUCUAUCACUACACUUUAUAAACCAAAGUCCCCCGCCGCGUCUGUCUGUGUGUAUGUAUGUUCGCGAUAAACUGAAAAACUACUGACUACGGUUUUCGCCUAUCAAUACAGUGAUGAGUGAAUUAGUUUAGGUGUAUAAUUUGUUAAGGUUUUGUGUUACCUGUGCGAAGCUGCGGCGGGUCGCUAGUUCUUCCUAAUUCUGAAUAUUACUGAAUGGCCUGUAGUACUAAAAAUGUAUGGCAUUGGAAAUAAAAUAAAAAUGAUAAAUUUAAAUAUGAUUAUUUCUGUGCUCAAUUUAUUACCUAUUUAAUUAGGGUACCGCAUAUACUUCGUUAGACAGUGUGAAUACAUAAAUUUUAGACUAGUGUUAUGUUACUUUGAAUUGCUAUGUUAUUGCUAAGACAUUAUUCCAAAAUGCUCAUUUAGUCAGUUCGGCUCUAAAAGUGACCAUUAAUUUCAUUUUAUCUUAAUAUUCGCUCUAAAUCAUAUAUGUGAAUAUGGCAUUUUCUUGGGAAUCGUGGGAUGUCCUGUAUAUAUUAUAUUGGCUCGUACAGCAACUUUUGAUACAAACCAAAAAGUAGGUUUAAUUACAUGAUCCUUAACCUUUUUAUAACCGAUGGGAUAUCGUAGAUAAGCAACGGAUGAGCUACGGAACUAAGUAUAAGCUAACGAAUCAAAAAUGAAGCAUUUCUAUUAGGAAUAGAAUUGUUUUAAUGACUGUGUUCUAUCGAGGGGUAGCGACGGCAAAAAAUGAAAGUCCGUGAAACGAAAAUUUGUAGGAGGUGCCUUUGGAGUGAAACUACAAUCUUUACGAAAUAUUUUUAUACGUUUCGUGGAGGGGGUAAUACCUGGUGUGUGAUGACUUGAAGAUUGCUUCUAUUGGUGUAUAGUCGAUGGCUGAAAAUGUCUGUAUACCCGUGUUUGUGGGUAUAUCUCACGUCACUAAUAUUGAUUGAUAGCGUUUAGGUAGGUAUAUUUUAACAUGUGUUGUGUCAUGUGUAAUCAUGCACAUGCAUGAACCAUAGCCAAAUUAUAGUAUUUUACAAACAGCAUGGGCACACAUGUCAUCUCAAUACAGUUUUGUGAGAUUUUGCGUUUUAAGGUUAUAAAUUGUAUUGAAUACAUGUGUCACCGUUACCCAUGCUGUUUAAAAAAUAAUAUAAUAUGCGAGGAGAGACUCAAGAUGAUUAGCUAGUUUAUACUUUUUAUUACAUAAUUGACGUAAUAGUCUAUGGAUGACGUAUAAGUCAAGAUGUCAGGCCGAUUUGGGGUAUUUUGAUAUUCGUUCGCCCGAUGUGAUGAAAUUAAGGUGUGAUCAUGGACCUAGAAUACUAAGGACGUUUCGCUAAAACACAAAUAGAUCCCAUCAUCCACCAAUUUUCUAGUAUAUACGCGUGACACACUCACAUUGACAGUUAUCUCUAUGGCCUCAUCCAUCAAUCUGCCGUCAGUCGAAUUGAAACGUCAGUGCAUUAAUUGUUCGAAGAAAAAAAUUAAGUACGUAGGCAUGCGUCGUUGAAUGUUGCGAAAAUUAUACCGAUCGAAAGAAAAAAAAGGCAGGAUAAAUUUUCAUAUAUAAGUUAAACAAUUAUCACAUUAUCUUUAGUAAAAUACGAUAUUAAACCAUGAAGUUAAAGUGGAGGGCGCUCUCACUUUUUUGCCAUACUAAAUUGAACCUUAUCCCCGAGCUACAAAGGUGUUCGUACCAAACUAGGGAAAAUGUACUCAAUCCGCCUAGGUAUACAUUCGUGACACGCACACAUUGAAUCCUUCCGCCGUUGCAGUGUCACAGCUGGUCGUCAGUUGCGCGGCCUCUGUCAAAUUGUUCCUCUAUGGGUGUGAUGAUGAUGAUAAAAUCUUCUUUAAGUUAGUCCAUUUAGCAAUUAAAUUGUCGGGAAAAUCCAUAUUCCCUAGUUUUAAAAUAGAAAGCAAGAAAUAAAUUUAAUUUUUAAUGUCAUUAUGCUUUAGUUUUAUAUAUCCACUCACUUGCUUCAUAUUUUUCAGUGACUUCUAUUAUUAUUAUAAUAAAAUAAGGGUGACAGCUGGUAACCACAGUUACCAAAAGCAAGUGAGUGGUUAAGUAUGUGAAAAAUCUCCCUACCUUGCAUGGGCAGACGAGACGUGGCCCGUAAAUGGAUUGCGAUAACGCUGAAUUUAAUGUUUUCGUGGUACAAAAUGUAAUCACACGAGUUUUUGAAUUAGUACCUGCAGCAGGUAUAAACUUUUUACCAUUGCUGUAAAGUUCGCUAAACUAAAAUCGAUUGAAAAAUACCACAAAUCGGACUGAGAGUAUAAAUUUGUACGUUAGGUCUGAUUUCCAUGUCCGAUCGAGUUCACGAAGAUCUUUAGGAACAUCCUAAAAUAUAUUUACACGACGAGCCAGGCGAGCUGGAUACGUCAGUCGGUUUAAUCAUCGUUUUACGCUUCUAACACACUGACAAUAAGGUCGUGUAAAUAUAUAUUUGAAGCGUUGGUUUGUGACCGACUGACGUAUGCAGCUCGCCUGGCUUGGCCCUACGUGGAAAUAGAGCCUUAUACUACAGAUACCACGAAUAUUCGACAACUAUUCGGUAUUCGGCCACUUUGCCGAAAGUAGGUAUUCGGCCAAAGUUCGGCUACUAUUCGGCCGAAUACCGAAUACUUGUUGCACCUAAGUACCUAAAAUAAAAAAAUACACAAUAAAAAUCACCGAAAACCACUAUAAUACGAAUAAUCGGAAAGUUAUGAAAUACGAAUACCCGUUUUUUAAGCAUAUGUUGAUUACAAUUAAUAUUAUUUUCAUCAUGGGUCUGAUUUGAUUGACUCUUACCACUCACUGAUUCUGAUCAACAAAAAUGAAAUGUAAGUAAACGUUGUGUAAUAUUCGGUAUUCGGCCCAACCCAAUAUUCGGGGCAUCUCUAGGUAGAGACUAGAGGCCAGGUAUAAGGUUAUACUUAAGUACAUAUUUUGUCCAGAUUACAUUGUAGGUACAAUCAGCGUCAAAUACUUUGUAGCAGCCAAAGUGGCCAAAUAGUUCGGUACACCACACUAAAUAUAUGGUGUAUUUGACGCUGACUGUACAUCUGGCUUCGCUUCCAUUGAUUAGUUACAUAAUUUUUCAAGAAUAAUAUAAAAACAAAGCCAAUAAAAUUUGUUGUGAAUGGGGAGGCGGCUGCCAAACUUUGCUACUAGGUGGCGCCACUAGAGUUUGUGACAUCAUGGCAGUAGUUUGGCCCCACCUUUUUUAUUAUUAUUAUGUCUGUCUUUACAAAUUCUCGGGACCUAUGGGGUCCCGGACAUUUGGAAGGCGUGCGUGGCGCCGAAGCCAACACGUAGAGGCCCCUUGUAAUAAGACAAUUUACUCUAAAUGUAACGUGACACCAACCGACGAUCAUCCCUGUUCACACUAUAGCAGUGCACCCAAGGACAAGCCCCGGUUAGUGUAGGACUAUUGUAAAAAAAGGGUACCAAAAUAAACCGGGCUAUUGGGUUGAGUUGCAAGUGGACUGGUAACCGGGACUAUGGAGAAUACUAUGGCACCUGCCCUGAUCAUAUGUUUUAAAAAUAAUAACCGGCCAAGAGCAUGUCGGGCCACGCUCAGUGUAGGGUUCCGUAGUUACUCUUCCGCCACAAUAAGCUAAACUGGAGCUUAAAGUAUAGUAAAUUGUUAACCAAGGGAUGAAACGGUACCUUUCACCCGAAUUAAACAAAUAGGCAAAUUUUCAUAAUCAGUACCUAAUUAAAUUAAGUCUUUUUACUAUGAAGGGAAAACUUUUUGCGAUAACUCAAAAACAGCUAAACUGAUCAUAUCUGCUAUAGUUUUCAUUUAAUGUCUUUCUUAAGCUCUACCCCCACGAUUUUUUUCAUAUUUUUUGGACCUAUGGUUCAAAAGUUAGAGGGGGGGGGGGGACACAUUUUUUUUUCUUUCGGAGCGAUUAUCUCCGAAUAUAUUCACUUUAUCAAAAAAUGUUUCUUGAAAACCCCUAUUAGUUUUGAAAGACCUUUCCAACGAUACCCCACACUCUAGGGUUGAAACGAAAAAAAAAAAUCACCCCCACUUUACGUGUAGGGGAGGUGCCCUAAAAAAAAAAUUUUUAGAUUUUAUUGUACGACUUUGUCGGCUUUAUUGAUUUAUAUAUCCAUGCCAAAUUUCAGCUUUCUAGCACUAACGACCACGGAGCAAAGCCUCGGACAGACAGACAGACAGACAGACAGACAGACAGACGGACAUGGCGAAACUAUAAGGGUUCCGUUUUAUGCCAUGGCUACGGCACCCUAAAACACGACAAAAUGGGCAGGUGGUGACUUGCCAACUCACAAUAUGGGUCCCCGAAAACGGCCGCUCGCACGGAGCGACAAGGGGACAACAUUGCGUGAGCGGCUCAGGGUGUUAAUGGAAAUGUGAGUUACCACAAUCAAAUAACUUUUGUAUUAAUUUAACUUUUAUAUUUAUGUACCGGUCUAAAUAGUUUUUUUAAUAUUAGACAUGAUCAGAGGUGGGAGCUUUGAAUCUGCAUUGAUAUCUCUGUAAGAAUUUACAUCACAGGCGAAUUCUGUUGGUGCCUCAUAAUCGACAUUUAAUUCUGGAUUUAAUUGAUAAUUAUUAUUUUGGUCGUAAUAGUAUUUUACAGUACAUAUGGGGCUACUUUAUAGCACUAGUGCGAGAAGUAGCAUAUUACGUUACUGUGUCGAACAUUUAAAGGGCCAUAUGUACUGUAAAACGUUGUACGAUACAUGUGCGAAUAGGUAAUUCGCAACUCGUGUCGAUUUAAAACACUCCCUUCGGUCGUGUUUUAAUUUAUCGCCACUCGUUUCGAAUUUCCUAUUUUUCGCACUUGUAUCGUAAUGUACUAUUAUGCUACAGUUGUAUAAGAAGGGUCAAAAAAGGCGAGUGGCGUGAGUUACGCGGAAUACGCCACGAGCAUUUUUUGACCUACUUAUACAACGUUGCAUACAAUACUUUUCCUACGAGUCAACAAAAAUAAAUCUUAAUUUAGGAAAACAAAGCAAAAGUAUAUAGCCAAGACGCGCGAGCAUACCUUGUUACGCGCCCCGCCCGCCGCGGCCCGGCCGGUCAGCGACACCUUCUCGUAACUCAUGAGGCCCUGGUACUUCCUUGCUAAAUAAAAUUUUUGGACAGUUUUUUCUCAACUUUGGCCACCGUAGCCUACGGAGACUAACAAGCAACGCUAAGCGGUCUUCGUAGUCUAUGGGUGUUGCAUAAAAUACUAAAAUGGUUGAUAUUGUACAUUUUCCAUGAUAUUUUACGCAUAAUAUUUUCGAGUGAAAACAGUACAUAGCCAAAUAUACUUAACCUUUAUACGAGUUUUUUUUUCCCUUUUACGGAUGCCUUGCGUUCUCGUAAAAGUGCUUUUAACUGUGUUACAGUCAGACGUCCAUAUUUUUCAUGAGGAUCCAUUAUAUUGCGUUAAACAGACUAUUAUUACGUACAGUCAGCGUCAAAUACUUUGUAGCAGUCAAAGUGGUCAAAUAGUUCGGUACACCAUAGUAAAUAUAUGGUGUACCGAACUAUUUGACUACUUUGGUUGCUACAAAGUAUUUGACGCUGACUGUACAUAAAAGUAUCCUACAUGCUCCUGUCAAAACAAAACUUUUUAUUUGAAUGGCUUUGAAACUUUAUCCGACAGUUUCUCGGCCUCAGAUACAAAGUUUAAUACUCAUACAGAGAGUUUUAUUAAACAUUGGUUCAUUAAAUACAAUUUUUUUAAGUUAUACAUUUCAUACAACGAGUAGGUCGAGUUGUCUCAAACUCUAGUGGCGCCAUCUACUUUCAGCCGCCUUCCCCAUUGUUACUUAUUGUAUUGAUUGUAAAUCCUAGACGCUGUCGUCGAUUUAGAGAUGUACUGUUUUUUUUUAAUUCUAAAUUACAUAAUAUGAUAUAUACAGUAGGAUACCUGUCAAAUAUUCGUGUAUCCAUGAUAAUAUUAUGUGUAAGAAAUACAUUUAUUUGCUAUGCUA